UUCAUUUAAUUUUCUUCGAAGCCUCAUCUUUUCAGAUUUCUUAAACAUGGACAUGUUCCCCUCAACAUCAUCCAAAACACUGCCUUUCUACAGCCAUAAAAACACGGCACUUUAUGUCCAUGCCUCCGAUCACGGUUUCAAGCCUUAUAGCGGCGGAGUAGAAGACGGUGAGAUCGGAGUUUUCGGGGCCGAGAAGUACUUCAACGGCGGAAUGGAGGAGGAAGAGAGUAGUAGCCAGAGAUCAACCACCACCAGCAGCAGCACGAGAAAACCACCGUAUGAUCACUCCAAACAAGUCGAGAAACUGGCUCUCGCCCACCACCACCAAGCAAGGCCAUGGCUCGAAACUCCGAGCGCUGCCUCAGAGUCAAGCAGCAUCAUUAGCCAAAGACCUCUACUGAAGAAUAUAGUAAGAAAUAAAUCUACUGUUGAUACUGUCGCUACUGUCAACAACAACCUUAAUAGUUCCAAAUCCAACAAUUUCCCAGAGAACAAAAAUUGCUUUCAAGAGACAACCUCAACAAAGAGUUUCCUGUCCGCUACUCUCGGCUAUUAUUGCAAGUGUUAUUCUUGCAAGGACAAGGACUGUGUCGACGUGGGUGAGAUCAGUUUUAGCAACACAGUUGCUGCAAAGUCCAAAAAUAAUAACAACAAUAAUAAUAAGAUUAUCGAAUGCGUUGAAGAUGCCGCAGUGUCGACUGGCGAGUCCUUUAGGGACAACCACUUCAGCUUCCAUAGCUUCAAACAACAAGAACAAGAACAAGAAGCGGAACGGAAGUCGUUGGAGGUUUUCGGGUCACCGGUGAUGGGGAGGCUCAGAAACUACAAAUCAAUGAGCUUGGAGAAGAGGCUGGCGAUGCUAUCUUGGAACCAAACGAACAACGAGGAUGAGGUGAACAGCGACUGCAGUUCUGAUCUCGAUAAAGCCGUUGAGGUUGCGGAAGAUAAUAACAAUGGUGGUAAGACAGCUACUGGCAAGUCAAAUUACCAUCAUCGACGACUCAAGUCGGAGUCGUCGGUCCUGAUGAAGAAGUUUGAAGAUGGAGGUUUCAGUUUCAGAUCACAAGGGCCACCCCCGCCACAUCGGGUUCUUGCUACGCGCUCACUUCCUCGCCCUUAUUCGCCCAGACUUUCCAAUAUAUCCUUCAAUAUACGUUGA